GGCGGCGUUGGGGGGGCGGCGCGGCGUGAUGACGCCAUCGCCGCGCGCCUCCCCGGCCGCUCCCCGACCGCCGCCGCCGUCGCCACCGGCCGGAACCGGAGCGCCGCCGCCUCCCGCACAUGCGCAUUGCGGCGCUCGCCCGUAGGCCCGGGCCUUCCAUCAGCCCGGGCCCGGGGCGACUGGCCUCGGCGGCGGCUGCCGCCCGGCGGAGGGCCAUGGGCAGGACGAUCAACUCAUAUGUAGAGUGUUGUGAGUCUAUGAAGCACCUUAGCAGUUUCUUUCAUUCUUCCUAGAAGGCCAGGUGUCACAGGAAAACUUCACUUUUUUGUUACAAGAAUUAAGCAGCAUCCAGAAACGGCAGCGGAUUACCGACCUUCUGCUGAGUGGAUGGCAGCACCCUUAAAAAUGUCUCUUCCUUCCUGGAAAUUCAGCAAAGAGUUAGCGUUCCCAGGCUGUUGGAUCUCUUCCAUGUUAAUGGAUAAUAUUUAAUAUGUGCCCUGUAAAUCCUGCCCUGGGACUCUGUGACCGGUGGGGUGCCUGAUGCCUGUAAUCCCCAUUCCCCGCCGGGUCCGUUCGUUCCACGGCCCCCACACGACCUGCCUGCAUUCGGCCUGUGGCCCGGUAAGGACCACUCACUUGGUGCGUACCAAGUACAACAAUUUCGACAUCUAUCUCAAAUCCCGAUGGAUGUAUGGAUUCAUCCGUUUCCUGCUGUACUUCAGCUGCAGCCUGUUUACCUCCAUCCUCUGGGUGGCACUCUCUAUCUUGUUUUGCCUUCAGUACCUUGGCAUCCGGAUCUUUCUGCGUUUCCAGUACAAACUCUCCAUCAUCCUCCUCUUACUGGGGCGAAGGCGGGUAGACUUCAGCCUCAUGAAUGAACUGCUCAUCUAUGGAAUUCAUGUGACCAUGCUGCUAGUGGGGGGGCUGGGAUGGUGUUUCAUGGUAUUUGUGGAUAUGUAAAUAAAACAAGCGCAUGUGGGCUGAGAAGGUGACUUUUCUUCUACCCCAAAAUGUGUCAAUAUCUUAUUUUCUUUUUUAUAUAAAUUAAUUUAUUUAUCAGUGAUACUUUUUAUUGAUAAAUUAACAUACUUGUCUCUGGAAUUUGUAUUUUUUUGAGGGUCGAGGUGCCAUUUUGAUGAUCAAAGUGCAACACUUGAUUGCGUGUUUUUUCUUUGCACAGUGCAAGUUAAUACAAAUUUCUUCUAGUCUGUAGGAGCCUACGUUGCUGCUGUUCCUGUAUUCCUGUGGGCAUGAAAAAGGCAGUGAUUUAUCUGGAGGAUAAAAGUCAGAUAACUUUGUACCCCACGCUCUUAAUCCAUCUUCACCCUUUUUCUAAAAAUGCUCCUUAAUGUUUCAGGCAUGUAAUAUGUGUCCUACUUGACCAGUGUUAUCCUUUCUCUAUGUAGUUUGCAUAUUCCCUGCUAAGAAUAUGGGGCCAAAUUCAACAGAGAGUAUAUGGGUUUGGGGUUUUUUUCCUGUUUCGUUUUUAGAUUUGUGCAAGAUGUGCGUUUGACCCACUACACUGUUCUGUUCGCUUUAAUGUAAUUAUAUAGCUUUGAAUGGCUUUGUCCUUUUCGGGCAGUUAGUGCUGAGUAAUUGAGUCUUACCCUAAUAGGAGAAAUCCAUGGGAGUAAUGGGAACAGAAUUUGAUAUUAUGUGCUCUUGAAACUCCCAGUCGUGGCAAAUAUGUUAUCAUUUUGCAGUGAUUAAGGGGAACCCAUUGCAAUGGUCCGUAGCGUUUAGGUCUUGGCAUUGGUUUUACUCUUCCCUGUGUGGAUUAUCUCACAGAGUUACUCCUGUCUUAGGGAGUAGGGUGAGAUGAGACUGUCUUAUCUAGGAGAGGUUGAAAGCAGAGUACAAUCUGAAAUGGCAAUAAAUGUUCUCUGCAAUUACAGAAAACAUUCUCCUACCUCUGCAGCAGUGAGAGUGGGGUCACUGGAGAGCUUUGCGAACAGCUCAAGAAGGGACUUAAGCAUUAAGCUGAGUUUUACUGGUCUUGAUCUAAGAUGUUAGACCGUUCCUCUGCAGUCAGUCAAGCAACUUUAUUUAUAGAGUCCAGAAGCUGGCCUAAGGUUUAUUUUUAUUCUGGUUUUGUUUGUUUGUUUUUCCUUAUAAUGGAAUAUUGGUCUUUUCCCUGUGUUCUUUGAAGAACUAUUUAAAAACAAGUUGGUAAAAAUGAUGGAGACCCUUCCCCCCCGCCCGCCUGAAACUGUUGGAGUCAAUCAUAGUGGAAUAAGUAAGACUGGAAAUACGUGACUGUUCUUUUAUGAUCUCUUUGGUCUGAGAUAUGAAUGUAUUGGAGAACAAAGCCAGUUUGCACACAGGGAAGGAUGCUUCAUAUUUCAGCUUGUGAGUAUUGCAGUCUUUUGCUGAUGUACUUUGAUUUGUAGGCUUAUGGAUGCAAAAUAGAGAAGCUUCUGCCUGAAGCCCAAAGCUAAAGCAAACCCAGAAAUGAUCUCAUUAUCAAGUGUUACGGAUAAUGCAGACUGAACACGCAGAGCCGAAUAAAUAACGGGCCGUGGUGGUGUGAACUUUAGAUUAGUCCCAUGAGAGCCAAAGGCUGUUUCUGCAGGAAAGAUGCGGUGUCAGCAUAUGUCACAAACUGGUGUCUGGAAGUUUCCUCCUAACUGCGGAGCUCCACAGAGCUUUGUUCUGGGAUUGCUCUCCGGGCUCAGCAUCCUGCAGGUCCAAGUCGCAGCUUGCUCUGCGGGCAGAGGGAAUUCCCAGUAAUUCCGAGCCCAGUGCGUUCCUCCCCAGUACAGCUGUCAGCCUGGGGCAUUGCAGCUCUGGUGUGCAGACUGUGGGACUCCCAGCCUGGCUCUGCUCAAGAAUUUCUGCAGGAAACGUGUUACAGGCGGCCAGCAAACAGCCCUGGCACGAGCUGAGAGCAGCCGGGACCAGCGCUCCCUCGCCCUUCACAGGAGAUGCAGCAGAGACUGGGCGGAGGCUGGAUGGUAGGACCUUGUUUCACCUUGGCGCGGCUCUAUUUCCGCACUCCUUAUAAUGAUGAGUAAAAGGGUGUUUUGUGGUACACAUGGGCGCUGCUGCGCUCCCCACCCCUGCCUGCUUCAGCUGGUGGGUGCUCUUUGUGACGGGUACGCUCCGUGCGACCAAACCCGUGGUAUUUUCAUUCAGGAUCCAAAGGAAGUGCAGGUCUUGGCUGUGGCCGAGUCAGGAACUUCCCUAGUUCCAACCUGCUCUUUGAAAACCCACACAGGAACAGGGUGACAUGGUGAGCUUUGAUGUAUAUGAGCUUGGAAACCGGAACACCGAUCAUGCGAUUAACACAUGAAUAGCAGGUGGUUCUUCCAAGACUAAUUUGGUCAAGCAACAAAAGUUGUGGGUACAAGGAGUCUCAUACUUACCUUUUCCAUCGUGCGUAAUUUGACUAUGAGCCACCCACUUUAUUCCAUAAAUAUGACAGCCUGAGUGAGCUUUUUUUGAGCUCUCCCCGCUAAGCAGCUGGCUGCGUGGCGGUGAUCUCCCCUUGGGAGAUCACCCAAGGAUCACUCCCUGCCCAAGGGACGUCCCCUUGGGAUCUCCCACUUCCCCAAGAGGUGGGAUGUCUCUUGAGGUUACUCCUGAAGGUUGAGAGACCCCUUCCCAACUUCAGAUCUUUGGUAAGUGACUGAUACUGCGCGUAACCUUGCAUCGCAGGGCAUUACGGUCUUGUAUUGGUAACUUUGAAUCAUUAUAUCCUCUGUGCAGUACCUAGGAGGUUGAACCUUUCCAUAGGACUUUGUUAAGCCUCACUUUUACAAACUCUUACUUCAAUAAAACCACUUUUGCUGCUACCUUUGGCGGUGGUUCUUUAAGCAGCCCAAACCUGCCCCGCGACACUCCCGCAGUGGCAGCUGAACGAAGAAGGGCUUCUGCAUUGCGGUUCAUCACUUUACUGCACGGACUUCCCGCCAGCCCGCUGCAUCCGGGCUCAGUGUGCGUACCGAGGAAGAAGUACACGUCCUUAUCGAAUCACAAAAAAAUAAUGUUUGCCAAUUGCCCAAAUGUUCCUCGAGAGAGACCUUGGGCACAGGUUGCUUAGAAGACAGCGGAAGGUGAUUCCCCAUUCCUCUUUUAGAAAGGGAGCCAAGUACCUACUCUCAGAAUGCCCCGAAUCUCAAUUGCACACAACGAUAGACAACCCAAAGAUUAAAUAAGUGAGAAGGCGGCCUCGAAGGCGUUAUGAAAUUCAAAAUACUCUCUUUCUUGGUCCUUACCAGCCCUUGGACACCUUGCAGUGCUUGGGUGGUGUGAUCCUACCAGUGCAAGGGAAGAAGUGAGGUCCCUUUGAAGUCACGCUGGCAAGGAAGAGGAAUUAAUUUUCAAAUUAUUUGUUUUAUGAUGUAAUAAUUUGAGUGUUUUAGAUCUUCGUGAGUGGAGCAGUAUUUGGCACCUUUAUGGCACUUUUCCUCUUCAAAGCAUUUUCCAACUGGCGCUAAUUAAACCUCACAACAUGCCCAGGAGAUUGCUGAAUAAGUAAGAACUUGGUAAUGGUUCAGAAUUUAAAUUCAGUGUUUUUAAAUUUGAGAUGUAUAUUUUUUAAAGCUUUUAGGAGUACUUUGACAAAAUAUUUUUUCUCAAGGAGCUGAGAUUCUUAAGAGUUUCUUACAAGCUCAAGGGGAACCAGGCCACAACUCAGGGAGGGAGAAAGAGGCAGAAUAAAUGUUAUAUUAAGUGUAUGCAAAGAAUAAGCUGGGUUAUUUUUCUCCCAUUUAGUUUAAUUAGGUUUUUCAACCUGGCAUUUUUAAUGGAGGGGGGGAAAACCCCAAACUUGCUAGAAUACAACAAAUAAGGAAACAGGGGAAGCUGAACUUUCUGCUUUUCAAGAGUCAAGCAACUCACUUACAAUGAUAUUUGCCAGAAAUAUUUCAUGUUAAGCAGGUAUUUGCAAACUGUGCCCCGCUGGCAAAGUUCAUAUUCUUUUGGAUAUUUUUUUACUUUUUCCAAAUUUGUUGGUAGUGAAAGGGAUGGAUCAGGCUCCAAAAUGUGUUAAGUCUUCCCUUCUUAUUGUAUAGAUGGCCGUAACUAAAAUCUUUUGACGUUUUCAUUUCAGCAUUCCUUCAUGCUGAUUCCGUCCUGAACAGUGAGAGCAGCUGGUUUGUUCCCUGUCUUUU